UCUGCACAGAGCAGGGCGGCGAUUGGUGGCGGAGGGCGCCCCUCGGUGGGGAGGGGAGGGGAGGGCAGCAUGGCGGGCGGCGAGAGCUGGAGGCCGCCGCGGCCGUGCGAGGACUACUGGUGGGAAUGGAAGCACUGCCGCGGGCUGCGCCACGCCUUCCACCACUACUACGCGCACGGGGAGCUGCCAGUCUGCGACCAGUGGCGGGAGGACUACGAGGCCUGCCAGGCCUGGCUGAGGGACCGAUCCGCUGCCGCACAGGAAGCUUUGUGCAAGAGUGAGAGGGCUCGAGUUAUGGAAAAACAGAAAUAUGCUCCAGUGUGGACGUUCAGGAAGAGUCCACCACCAGACUGGUAUCUUCCACUUGACCAAGACAAACCAAAUUAGCAAGACUUUUGCUGUCUUUGGUCAGUAACACCAUACACAGUUCAGAGUUAUGCUGCAUUUUUUUUGUUCAUGUCAUCUUGAAAUGAUAUAACUGUAGCUCUGCCCUGCAGUACCUUAGCACUCAUUCAAAAAUACAGUUUAUUUAAACACCCAGGAUUUUUUUAAAGGCAUGAUUAAAGUGCUUAAUUUAAUUAAGUGCUCUUCUACUACUGACUCUUUAGGAUUUCAUCUCAGCAGGCAGCUCCCAAAUUAGGACAUACAUCAUCUAGGUCCUCUUGCUAGACAAGGACCUCUUCCCCAAACAGCCAAUGUUGAACACUUCUGGAA